GUCGAUCGAUAUGUAUAUGUGAGCACUGCUCUUCUUGAUUUGUAUAUGAAAUUGGGUUGUGUAAAGGAUGCCCAGAAGGUGUUUGAUGAUAUGCCUGACAGAGAUGUUGUCUCAUGGAAUGCGUUGAUUUGUGGGUUUUCACGAAAUGGGUAUGAUUUUGAAGCGUUGAGAUGCUUUGUUCGAAUGUGUAGAGAGGGGCUUUGUCCUUGUCCGACGACUUUGGUUAGUUUGGUUCCGUCUUGUGGUAGGCAAGAGUUAGUUUUUAUUGGGAAAUGUGUUCAUGGGUUUGGAAUUAAGGCGGGCCUGGAUUUGGAUUCUAACGUGAAGAAUGUGCUUACCUCGAUGUACGCUAAAUCUGCAGAUUUGGAGGCGGCGGAGCUCUUGUUUGAAGAGAUAGUUGACAAGAGUGUAGUUUCUUGGAAUACUAUGAUUGGCGCUUAUGGACAAAAUGGUUUCUUUCAUGAGGCAAUGCUUGUCUUUAAACGAAUGCAGGAGGAAAAUGUUCCGGCCAAUCUGGUGACCAUGGUAAGCCUCCUGUCAGCAAAUGCAAAUCCAGAGUCUACCCAUUGUCAUGCCCUUAAAACUGGUCAUGCAAAUGAUGCUUCCGUGAUUACUUCGCUAAUUUGCGAAUAUGCAACACGAGGGAACACAGAAUCCGGAAAACUGCUUUACAAGUCAUUGCCUCAGAAGAACUUGGUUUCCCUGACUGCAAUUAUUUCAAGCUAUGCUGAGAAAGAUAACAUAGCUCAGGUACUGGAAUGCUUUGCUCACUUGCAGCGGUUAGACAUGAAACUAGACGCAGUUUCUAUGGUUUGCAUCCUUCAUGGGAUAAAAGUCCCUGUUGAAAUUGGCCUUGGACUUGCUUUCCAUGGUUAUGGAAUAAAGAUUGGGCUGACGGCUGAUUCUUUGGUUGCAAAUGGUUUGAUAAGCAUGUACUCGAGGUUUGACAAGAUAGAAGCCGCUUUUUCUUUAUUCCUUGAGAUGCAAGCAAAAUCGUUGCUUACUUGGAAUUCUUUGAUAUCGGGAUGUGUACAAGUGGGAAGGUCAAGUGAUGCCCUGGACUUGUUUAUCCAAAUGAAAAUGUCCGGAUACAGUCCAGAUAGCAUCACUAUUUCUAGCUUACUAUCUGGGUGUGGCCAAAUUGGGUACUUGCGAUUUGGGGAGAAACUUCAUAACUAUGUCCUCCGAAACAAUCUUGAAGUGGAAGAUUUUGUUGGAACCGCUCUUAUAGACAUGUACACCAAGUGUGGAAGAAUAGAGCUUGCUGAAAGGGUGUUUAAGAGCAUCCAAGAGCCAUGUUUGGCAUCGUGGAACUCAAUCCUCUUGGGUUAUAGCCACUACGGGUCAGAACAUAGAGCUCUUGCUUGCUUCUUGAAAAUGCAAGAGCAGGGGAUAAAGCCCGAUAAUAUCACAUUUUUGGGAGUUUUAGCUGCUUGUACUCAUGGAGGUUUUGUUGAGGAGGGAAGAAAAUACUUCCAAAUCAUGAGGGAAGAGUUCAAUAUAGCGCCACGCUUGCAACACUGCGCUUGCAUGGUUGGUCUCUUUGGCCGUGUGGGCUUCUUCCAGGAGGCAUUGGUUUUCAUCAGAGAUAUGGAGAUGGAGCCUGACUUCGCAGUGUGGGGAGCCUUGCUGAAUGCUUGUUGCAUCCACCAAGAGGUCAAGCUUGGGGAGUACAUAGCCAAAAAGUUGUUUCUCUUGGACAGUAAAAGUGGCGGGUUCUUCGUGCUGAUGUCAAAUCUUUACGCCGUUAAAGGGAUGUGGGACGAUGUAGCUAGGGUGAGGGAGAUGAUGAGAGGGACCGGAGGUGAUGGUUGUUCAGGAGUGAGUGUUAUUGAGACGAAUGAAAAUUUGUGCUUGAAUAAACCUAGUUUGAAUACAAAUUUUGGGCAGAUUCUGUAUAUAUAAUCAUCUCUAGACCUGAUUUUGGUAUCACCAUAUAUUCAUUAUGCAUGCAACAGCCUAAACA